AUGCCAAUCAAUCCUCAAUUACCAGGACCACAAGGCCAGAAAAGGGCGUACCGACAGCGACGGAAGGAUCCAAGCUGUGACGCUUGUCGUGAGCGAAAAGUCAAGAUCACCAGUGAGCUUUCGUCGGCAGAUCCACCACCCAAAAGACGAAAAUUGGAUACUAUUCAAAGUCUGCCGAAGGUUGGUAUCAACAUGACAAGAUUUGGUCGUGGCAUUUUCAAAUCUCCCUAUCCGCAGCAACGUACUACAGCUUCUCCAGUCUCUCCGUCUACACUUCCGGGCUUGCCCCCGAAGGAUGUUGCAGAUGUCCUGUUGAGACAGUACCGAUUUACGAUUCACCCCACACUGCCCAUGCUCCAUUGGCCGUCUUUUCAAGAGCAAUACGAGAGCGUCUAUCGUGAUGGGUCUCUUCACAAUGUUCCACCCGUCUGGAGCUCUCUUCUUUUCGCGGUGUUUGCAUGUGGCACCCUCCACCGCUCAUGGUCUGAAGGCCAAAAGUAUCUCGAAGUUUCCAGAUCUAUGAUUGAUCUCUGGGCAGAAGACUUGACUUUGGAUCAUGCUCGAACAGCAUUACUAAACUGUAUGUUCCUGAACGAGUCUAACAGGAAAUCUGCCGGCUGGACAUGGAUGGGCAUCGCGGUACGUUUCGCUUUCGACAUUGGUUUGAAUUGUGAGGCCGGCACAUGGAACUCUAUCGAAGAAGAAAUGAGGCGUCGUGUGUGGUGGUCAAUGUAUGCUUGCGAUUGGUAUGUUCGUCGCCCUCGGCGCUCUGAACAUCAUAUUAACAUCUUUAGUCUGCUCUCCCUCGAAUUAGGGCGACCUGCAAUGAUCAAAGAGGAAGACUGCAACGUCCAAAUGCCUAGCCCCACGGAUGACCAAUACAUGACGGAGGCGGCUAAUUGGAAGGAUCCUUCGCCAGACAUGGCCACUUCGGCCCUCCUUCCGACCAUUCGUGUGAUCGGUGGCAUAGCUCGCCUUUUGCUUAUGUUGAAGGCACCGCAGAUUUCAAUGCAUGCUCUACGGGCUUAUGAUACACAUUUUGACUCGGUGAUAAAGAGCUUUCCUGCACAGCACCAAAUGCGAGCUCUGGACUACAUUGAUCCAAUUGAGUUGCCUCCGAUGAUGUACCUUCAAAACGCUCGUCUAGUCCUUCACCGACAUAACCUCUCACCAGUGUGCGACACGUCUGCACGGUCCUAUGCCCUUGACAGUUGCGCAUCAGUGGCAAAGGAUACCGCCAAAUUCCUACAGCGAUGCAUGCAGCUACCACCAGAGGGCGCCCGUUCUAGUAUCACAGCUCGCGAAGACUCGUGGGAUCGUCGUCUUGUCUCAGCAUCUAGCGCGUUCUUCUGCACCCAUAUUUGGCGAUGUACGCUCUUCCUGCUAUUCCGCCUCGAUUUUGACUCCGCCUUGACAUGUGCUCGGGCAAGUGCUAUCCUUGGAGACACUCGUCGCGUCAACAUAUCUUGUGGUCGUUAUGUUGAUUUCUUCCUUAGCCAAUUUCUCGCUAAGCUCAAACAGCGCGUGGAGCUGGAUAUGGAUGAGGAGAUGAUUGCAUAUGUUUCUGGAGAUCUGCAAGGCAAUUUCGAAAGCUCAUGGAUCUGGCAAGAGAGCAAAGGCGAUACCCACGUCGGUAGGCCCUUGCAGGGCUCUUCGAAUAGUCAUGUGAACUCCACUUAUCACGGAGAGCUAGAAGAAGCAAACAGUCCUACAAACGAGAACGACUGGGCUGGCUGGGACAAAAUUGUCAGACUCAUCGAAGGCCUUGCAACGGAGCAGAAGAAAGGUUCAGAACGGCCGUCGCAGACGAAGCCAGAAAUGCCGCAGCCUCACGCCAUUCAUCUACCGCCCUUGGUAGCAUCUCCAAGCCCCUCGAGCACUAAUUCAAGAGAUCGUCUUAGCAUUAAGGAUUUGCUCUGA